GAUAGGAGCUGUCAUACAGCAAAGACAAAGUGAAAGAAAUAAAAGGUCAAGGAGAUCACGUUUUGUGUUGUGGCAAAGCACCUCGUCUUGAGGCCAGGAUCUGGUGCCACUAGUCCUGUGUCACGAAAAGGAAUGAUGGAGAACGCCUGACUCUUGCACCUCGGGGCACGACCUUUCUGACAACCCGCCUGUCAACGCAGUGUGUAGCUGCAAGGGAUGGGUCAGUGAAUGGAGGUCUGCGGAGAGAAUUGUGAAAGACUCAUCUUGUGACGCAGUAGUCUAUCUUCAGCCACGACUUCUCCAAAAGCUCAACUGCCUCGCAGUGGGGGACGUAAGCUGGACAGAAAAACCGCAACAACAAAAAGCCUCAUGAGCGGUUGAGAAAGGAGUGACAAUUAUGUGGCAACCGGAAAGAUCAUGACUGAAGAGGGGUUUGAUGUGAUGGUGGUUGGCUCCUGUAUGACUGACUUGGUGAGCCAGGCACCAAGACUACCAAAAGCUGGGGAAACCAUCCAUGGUCACAAGUUCUUCAUUGGCUUUGGAGGGAAGGGGGCCAACCAGUGCAUACAGGCUGCAAGACUGGGAGCCAAAACCGCAAUGGUCUGCAAGGUUGGUAAAGACUUCUUUGGAGACAAUUACAUUCAGAAUUUCAAAGACUAUGGUGUAAACACAGACUUUGUCGGGCAAGCAUCUGAUGCAGCCACAGGAGCUGCCUCAAUCAUUGUCAACGAUGCAGGUGAGAAUGCCAUUGUGAUCGUGGCUGGUGCCAACAUGCUGCUGGGCAGUGAGGAGCUGCACAAAGCUCUUCCAGCCAUCAGUCAUGCAAAGGUCCUGGUGUGCCAGCUGGAGAUCAGCCCACAGACGUCCUUGCAGGCGCUACGCAUGGCUCAGGAGAACAAAGUAAAGACUAUAUUCAACCCAGCGCCGGCCAUUCCUGACUUGGAUACAGAUUUCUACAGAGCCUCUGAUGUGUUUUGCUGUAAUGAGUCUGAGGCUGAGCUGCUGACUGGAUCCCCGGUCUCUAACGUGGAGGAAGCCCGUCGGGCCGGGCAGGAGCUGCUGAAGCGAGGCUGUGGCUCCGUCAUCAUCACGUUGGGACCCCAAGGCUGUGUGGUGGUCGAGGCACAGGGGUCUGCCUCAAUACAUGUUCAAACUACCUCAGUCAAAUCAGUGGACACCACGGGUGCUGGAGACAGCUUUAUUGGAGCGCUGGCAUUUUACAUGGCCCAUUAUCCCACAAUGCCUCUGGAGGAGAUGGCGUGCAGAGCCAAUCAGGUGGCGGGAGUGAGCGUGCAGACUGUUGGCACGCAGACAUCGUACCCCUUGAAAAAGCACCUGCCAGCUGAACUGUUCUGAGAGCAGCCAGUAAACACCAGUGAUAAUGGAACAAGUCUGAAAUGGACCUGUUUGGAAAAAAAUGUUUUAUAUAAAGCCAAUUCAUUUUACUUUCAAAAGUGCAUGUGUGAUGUUGGUAAGUCUACUUACAAAAGAGAAUCUCAAUAGUUUUAAACAGUUUAAUAAUUGAUUAACAUCUUAACACAUAGCUUGUACUACACAAAGUUGAUUAAAUGUAUUUUAUUUGUCCAAAUAGUUCAUAUUUAACAAACGGCUGGAUUCAGGUACUUGGCUUACAUGUAAAGGUUCAAGAAACCUUAUUGAACUGUUAUCAAUGAUACUGUAUAGCCCAGAGUAAUGGCAUAACUUUUACACACGAGUUGUAGUUCCUUCUUGAAGAUUUUCAGCCAGGCUUGACCACUGGUGCAGUGGGGGGGUGGAGGCCUUUUGAUCCAUGUCAAUAAAGAAAAGUCAGUUUAAAUCGA